ACACUCUCUCAGCGAAGUCUCUUCUCUCUCUCCUCUAGUAGUUUAAUUCCCAGGUCGUCGUGGUUUCUCUCUCCUCGCGAUGCCAGCUGCCGCCGCCGCCGCCGCCACCGGGAUGACGGAGUCGUCGUCGCCGUCGUCGUCUCCCUCCCCGCCGAGGAAGUUCCGGCGUGUGCGGUCGCCGCUGGCGAACGGCGGCGCGGCGGGUGACUUCGAGCUGCGGCACUGGCGCACGCCGCCGAAGCGGGCGCGUUCAUCGGCGGCGCCGCCGUGGGCGCCGCCGGAGAUCGAGAUCCCCUGCGGCGGAGGAGAGGCGGCGGGGAGGGGAGGAGGGUACACGAGCCUCCGGGACAUCCUGAUGUCGCCGGGGUACGCGGCGUCGUGCUCGCCCGCGGCGUGCGGCGGCGGCGGAGGCGGCGGCAGCUGCGGCGACAUACACAUGAUACGCCACCCGCUGGUGAAGCACGCGGCGUACGCCUACCUGCAGAUGACGCCGUCGGCGAGGGACGACCCCGGGCGCCGCCACCGCCGGCGCUGGCGCGGCCCGCUCUGCCGCCUCCUCCUCGGCUGCCUCAGCUUCAUCGGCGCGCUCUUCCGGCCAUGAUCGACGACGACUUCUCCCCCUCCGCCUCCGGCGACAUGCAUGAUCGAUCGACGGCGAGCCGUGCGGUUACUUGCUAAUCGCACACUUGAUUAUUCCUCUCCCAUUCUUCUCUCAUUUUCUAGUCUAUGUGUGAUUAGACUAUUUUUCUUUCUUAAUUACAAACUUUAGAGGAUUUGCUUGCGUUGGAAUUUUUGUAAAUAACUUGCUAGGAUUAGUCUCAAAGAGGAGGAGAUGAUAGCAACAAAGAGAGAUGUUUGAUUGCAUGGUAACAGAAGCAGAUUAGUUAGCCUGAGCUCAACUUAAUAUUUCUUGAUUUUUUUUCUCUCUUUUUUUUUGAGUGAUGAGCUCAUGAUUGAUCCAAUAAUGUCAAGGAUAUGAGAACACCAAGCAUGUGAAGAAGUAGGAGAAGAAAAGGUUAAAAUGAUUGGGGAAAAAAUAAAGAGAAACGAUUUAAUUUCUAUCACCAAAGCAUAUACAACAUGCUUUCAUCAUGGACACAUCUGUUUCAUUUCACAUUGGAUAUACUGCUGAAUUUUUCUAUGUACCCAAUCUCAAUCUCUUCUCUCUCUCUUUUUUUUCUUUGAUGAAUCAUUCUAUGUACAGCAAUCAUCAUCAUCAUCUUCUAAAACUGUUUGUAAGAGUCGCUGGAUCUUCUUCUCUAAUAGUAAUUCUUGCCAUUCUGCGCUCCUCGCCGGGGCCUGGGGUUGAUGGUUGCCUUGAGAACUUCGGCGACGGCGGCGGCUUCGGGGUUGCUCUCGAAGAGGGACUCCUGCGGCGGCCGCGGCGGCGACGGUGGCCGGCGUUUGGUCGCGAAGGGGCUCCAGCCGCCGGACUUCUUGUUGCGCUGCUGCAUAUGGAAACAGAGAGGGAUCAGAACCAUUGUCAAUGUAUGUUAUACUGCUUGUGUUUCAGAUCGUCUCCAGACUCCAGUGUGCAUCUCAUUUUUUCAUUCGUUGUGAUUCGUGCACAUGUGGGGAAGCACAUGUCCGUAUGGUGGACACGUUGGUUUGUGUUGAUGCAGCUUUGUCGGAGCUCGACUUGAGCUUUUUAUAUACAGGACCAUCGUAAGAUCA